AUGUUCAACAGAAAAUCAGACCUGAUGAUGUUCAAUAGCAAAGUCGAACCCAUACCUAAUUAUGUGGAAAUCGUACCUGGUGAGAAAAAUGAGAAGAGGCAGUCGAUGGAGGUGUUGCCAUCAUCAGUCAAACACCUUCUCUCACUCUCUCCGUUCAACUCCGACUGUAUUACCAUGGCUCCACCGCCGUCCCCCACCAGUCUCCAUAUCAAAUCUAUCGUAUUUCCACCAUCCGUCAAGCCUUCUGGUGCAACCACCACUUUGUUCCUCGCCGGAGCAGGUAACUUCAUGAAGUUCACGGGGAUUGGUGUGUAUCUGGAGGAUAAAGCUAUUCCGUCACUCGCCGUUAAAUGGAAGGGCAAAACUGCUGUUGAGUUGACAGAUUCCGUUGAGUUCUUCAGAGACAUUGUUACUGGAACCUGCUUCUGUUGCAUUUUCUGCUCUGAAUUUAGCAAUGCACUUUCAUGGGUGGCUUUCCUUCUUCAUUCAAGCUACCUAUGA